AUGGGUUACAAAGCCACUCUCGACAAGACAACCGAUGAAAUCAUUGUUUGGGAUGGGGAUGAAAUUAUCCAAAAAGAGCCCCUUACCUCCGAGCUCUUCCAAAAUUUGACCGAUGACAAUGUGUGCCAUUCUGAGCUACAUGUCUAUAGAUACCUUAAAUUGAUGGACAGGGAAGAAGACGACGAAAUUGACGGACACUCUCCAAAUGAAAUUUCAUUUGACGUAGUUAUGGACGAGUAUAAGAUAGUGUCAUUGGAGGAUAUGGAGAAGAGCUUUAGAGAGAACCAGCAAAGGUGGCUGAAGAGCGAUGAGCACGACAAGCUGGUUAAAUGCCUCAAGAAGGUGAAGGCUCAGGUGCCGAUCACCAACGUAAUGGGUUUGGCAACAGGCAGCCUACAUCCAAGCGGGGUAAACGAGGAACGCAUGGGUAAGGCACCCGCAUUCCAAAUUGCUGCCCUGUUGACGAUUAGUGAGGUGCUAGGUGGUGGGAACCCUCUCCCGGUAACAGUCCAGGACCCUGGUUACUCCCGCUUUGACACAGAAUUUCUGACUACUCGUCUUAACUUCAAAGUUGUCGAUGACCCGGAAAUAUUCCCACUUAUUAAUAGUGAGAGCAUUGUCCUCAACAUCGGCUCCUGGUACAUGAUUCCAUACUGGAUAUCCCAGGGCGAGUGGCCUAUGUCUAUGAUUACCGAUUUACCAGAACGGGGUUCGGACUCCCUUUUUCCACCCGCGUGUAAGUGGAAAUAUAGCCCCAUGGCAAAGGAGUAUGUCUCUCUUGAUAUUGGUGGACCUGCCCAUGUCUAUAGGAUAGACCCAGAUGACGAGGAUAUGAUGUGGCUUUCUCCCCCCCAAGGAGACGAUGAAGCGGCUUGGUGUGAUGAUACACACUUGUGGGUUAAAUCUCCCGAUAGCACUGGGAUGGCGGUAGCUGAGUAG